AUGUUAUCAAAUGAUAAACGUUUGGGUCUUUUGAAUAGCGUUGCGUUGAACGGGAAAUACAUUGACUUUUAUAGCCAUAAAAAGCGCCGAUUCGCUGGCAAUACCACUGAUGACCAGACAUCGGAUUCACUGGUGAUGGACAUGAAGGACAUGAUAAUCACGAACUAUUCGCAGCUCUAUUUGUCGACCAAAUUCAGUGAUAUUGUCAUCAAAGUGGAGGACCAGUCCAUGCCGUGCCAUAAGUUAGUAUUGGGCUCACAGUCGGACUUCUUUGACCGCCUCUUCGAGACCCAGAUGUUAGAGUCGACCCAAUCGGAGGUUGAGCUCAAAGAGACUGAUCCACAGCUGUUCCGAUUGCUUCUUAAGCUGACAUAUUGUGGUCGCAUUCAUCUUCAGUCAUUGGAUCCAACGGAUGUCAUCAAACUGUAUGGUCUGAUCCAAAGAUAUCAAUUCAAUGGCUUUGAAGCGCCGUUUUUAUCCAAAAUCAAGACAUUCGUCAACACAUCCAAUGUGUGGCAACUCUUGGAGACAUCGAUGGCCUCACAUCUGUCUGACUGUCAAACAGUUUGUCACAACUUCUUGGACACCAUUUGUGUCACAGACUCUCUUCUCUCUGAAGACUUCUUUGAGUUAUCCGUCGAGACAUUGAAGACUAUAUUAGUUCGCAAUUCAUUGCGCUUUUCAGAAGUGGAUCUCUUUCUGUUGGCAAAGAAGUUCAUUGAUGUCAACAAAUUGGAUGAUAAUACGAGUGAUGAACUGAUCCGUUGUGUGCGUUUACCACUCAUGAGAUACGAAGACCUCUUAAGUAUUGUCGGAAACAGUGGUUUAGUGUCAGACAAGAGGUUAAUGGAUGUGAUGAGAAGCAAGUCAUUGAUAGACAAUAUGGACAAUACAUGCCGUGAAUUGGUGAAGAAUAGGGCGCUAUUCCAUGGGUUGUAA